CAGGAGCGCACAACUUUCCUGAGAAACACACGCUGCGUGCCUGGACCUCCUUCCACCAUAAGGACUAUUUGUAAAUUGCCUUUAUUAUCCUCCAGGAGAUGUUAAUUUGGGUCAAGCGGCAACACCUCCUCGUCCUGCGAUAUUGCACAAGAUUUAACUAGAGAGAUUUUUUUUUCCUUUUUAACUGCAGCCUUCCUACUAAACACUGACAACUCCGGGGCCAAUAAACACGCCGUGUGCCCAGGUAUAGGCUGCCCCCCUGAAUAAGGACUGUCCACAAACAGCACCGGGAUUUUCUUUUAUUAUUAUUCAUUUCAAUCUGGACGCGAAAGUGACCGAUCUGUUGGACUUGGUUUGCUCAAUGACUUGCAAGGUUGGAUCUGAAGUUAUAUUCGGAAAACUGUAACAAGUGAUUUUUUUUUUCUUUUUUUUUUGUUUUAUCACCGUUUCUGUGCUACUGGAGGUUGGUUGACCAUGCAGCUGGACGGUCUGUGGACGGUCCACACCCUCCUGGCACUGUCCAGCUUCACUUUCGGGACCCCAAUGAGCAAUGACAUUUUGGCUGCACCCCGAGUCUUCAUAUCCUUCAAAGAGCUGAGGUCUACAGGCACAGCUCAUCACUUCGCCUACCUCCUCAACACAUCUGACUACCGGAUCCUGCGCAUGGAUGAGGACCACGAUCGCAUGUAUGUGGGCAGCAAGGACCACAUCCUAUCCCUCGACCUCCAUGACAUCAACAAAGAUCCACACAUUAUCCACUGGCCAGUGUCCGAACGAAGAAGGAUGGAGUGCCUUGUGAGCGGGAAGGACGCCAAUGAGGAGUGUGCAAACUUCAUCCGUCUGAUCGAGCCGUGGGACCGGACUCAACUGUACGUCUGCGGGACCGGGGCCUACAAUCCAGUCUGUACCUUUGUCAACCGUGGACGCAAACCUCAGACUUCCAUGCAUCUGCAGAUGCCCCAGGCUGGAGGAAGGGCUAGCCGCGCAGCUGAACCCAGUGCGGUGCACGAGACACUGGGACUAAAGGAAGAAAUCUUCCAUUUGGAGCCGGGCAAAGUAGAAUCUGGGAAAGGAAAGUGCUCCUAUGACCCCAAGCUCAACAGCGUGUCAGCUUUGAUCAAUGGCGAACUUUAUGCUGGGGUCUAUGUUGACUUCAUGGGAACAGACUCUGCCAUUUUCCGCACUCUAGGGACGAAGACGGCCAUGCGCACAGACCAGUACAACUCCAGAUGGUUAAAUGAUCCUGCUUUUAUCCACGUGCAUCUCAUUCCCGACAGCGCGGAGAGAAAUGACGACAAGUUGUAUUUCUUCUUCCGGGAGAAGUCGUCAGAGAUGGGCCAGAGUCCUGUGACUCAGUCUCGUAUAGGACGUAUCUGCCUGAACGACGAUGGAGGCCACUGCUGUCUGGUCAACAAGUGGAGCACCUUCCUGAAGGCCAGGCUCAUCUGCUCGGUGCCGGGGGCCGACGGCAUGGAGACACACUUUGACGAGCUCAGGGAUGUUUACAUACAGCCAACACAGGACACUAAAAACCCUGUUAUAUAUGGAGUUUUCUCUGUCUCUGGCUCCGUCUUCAAAGGCUCAGCAGUUUGUGUCUACUCCAUGGCAGACAUCCGCAUGGUUUUCAAUGGACCCUUCGCCCACAAGGAGGGUCCCAACUACCAGUGGGUGGCCUACACUGGGAAGAUCCCCUACCCUCGGCCCGGGACGUGCCCUGGGGGUACUUUUACCCCAAAUAUGAAAUCCACCAAGGACUACCCAGACGAAGUCAUUAACUUCAUGAGGAAUCACCCUGCCAUGUACAAUGCCGUGUACCCAGUACACAAGCGCCCCCUGGUGGUCCGGACCAAUGUGGAUUAUGAGUUCACAACCAUUGCAGUGGACCAAGUAACAGCCGCAGAUGGCAACUAUGAAGUGCUCUUCUUGGGAACCGACAAGGGGACAGUUCAGAAAGUGAUCGUUCUUCCCAGAGACGACCUGCAGACUGAGGAGCUGGUCCUGGAGGAGGUGGAGGUGUUCAAGGUCCCUACUCCGAUUACAACAAUGAAGAUCUCAUCCAAAAGGCAACAGCUGUAUGUGUCGUCCGUGGUCGGGUUGACCCAGCUGGCCCUUCACCGGUGUGAUGUGUACGGUGAGGCCUGCGCUGACUGCUGCCUGGCCAGAGACCCCUACUGUGCCUGGGACGGCAAGUCCUGCUCGCGCUACUCUGCCUCGCAGAAGAGACGUAGCCGGCGGCAGGACGUCAAGUAUGGGAACCCCAUCCGCCAGUGCCGUGGCUUCAACUCCAACGCUAAUAAGAACACUCUGGAGAUGGUGCAGUACGGGGUGGAGGGGAGCAGUACCUUCCUGGAGUGUCAGGCCCGCUCUCCACACGCCGUCAUCAAAUGGCAUCUGCAGAGAGACAACAGCGACCGCAGGAAAGAGAUGCGCUCUGACGGACGGGUGUUGAAGACAGAGCAGGGUUUGCUCCUGCGUUCCCUGCAGCUCUCCGACUCCGGCAUGUACCAAUGCACGGCCACGGAAAAGAACUUCAAACACACCCUGGUUAAGCUGCAGUUGGUGGUGCUGUCAGGCCGGGCCGUCAACAACGUGCUGGUGGAGGGCGGCGGGGGAUUGACGCCAUCUUCUCUCCACUCCAGCAGCAGCCAGUGGACCCCCAGUGCGGGCCAGUACAAGGACCUGCUGACCAUUCUGAGCCAGCCAGAGAUGGGCCUGAUCAACCAGUACUGCCAGGACUACUGGCAGCUUGGAGACCCGCUGCUGGGAGCGAUCAAGGCCAAAGACCUGAAGGAGCUCAAGGAUCAGAAGAAGCCCCGCAACCGCCGGCAUCACGGGGAGGGCAAGGAGGAGGAGCAGGAGCAAGAGGAAGAGGAGACAUGAGGAGCCUGCCCCCUCAUCUGAAACGCCCUCACCCACCCUACCCCCCACCCUGUGAAAACUGGGAGAGACUCAUUGGGAGUAACGACGUGAAAAAAAAAGUUCAAAUCUACAAACCGGAAAAAAAGCAAACUGAGAAAAAAAGAGGCUUACAAACAAAAUCCCACAUACAUCCCUUCUAACAGUAAGAUAUAUGAUACACAGUAUUUAUUGUAGGUUGUAUAUAGUAUCAUUCUGUGGAUUUCUUUGUACUUAUAGAAAAAAAACAUGCUCUUUGUGUAUAGGUACCUUUGGGGCAAAUAUUAUUGUUAUUAUUGACGUUGUUAAUUUUAUUGUUGCUGUUACUGUCAUUACAAGAAUCUCAUCUUUCAUCGGUCAACAUCAUAUGACAUUGGCGACUGUGUGGAAUGUGUAGACUGGCAUGUAAACUGUUGGGAGUGAACUACGAGGAGCUCUUUGUAACGGGGAAAUCAGUUGUGGAUCUGGGCUGAUGGGAUCUCCCUUGUUUCUUGUUUCGCUUCGACUCAACGCCAGGACCCUUAAAUCCUGGAAACUCCAGGAACCCUGCGGCACAGCCUCCUCAGGGUCGCAUGUGGACAAAGACUUUUCAUUGCAAGGGAUCCACAAAAGAUCUCAUUUAUCGUGGGAAAAAAAGUCCUGUAUUGAUGGGAACCCAGACAUCCAUAUGACUGAUCGAUAAUAUCCUCACUGUUGUAAUUGGCCCGUUUUACAGUUUAUUAUCAUGUUGCCCUAAUUGGUUAUUUCUGCUAUUUCCUGGUCAACUCAAUAAUUGAUUUUAAGGUUCUGCAACAUAUUUGCUACGUGUCACAGUAGCUCAAAUACUGAUCAUAGAGGUAUAUAUCUGCUCAACAACAGGGUGAAAAAAGGAUUUAAAUCUCAAUUGUAUUUUGACAACAUCUCUUUUGAAGAGCUGUGAUUCUAUAGUUUUCAUGGAUAAAGUAAUACUGAUGGAAAGAGGAAAGCAUCAGAUCAGUUUUAAGAGAAAAGAUUUAAUGAUGAUUUAUUGGUUGGGUUCUUUUUCAAAUUUUAACACCCCCUUUGGACUGUGAGUGAGGUGCAAUAAAGACUCAAGGUUUUGCACAAAGGGCAUUAUUAUUAUUAUUAUUAUUUUUAACCUUCCAAGGACUUCGGAAACAAACUUGCAAAAGUAGAUAUCCAAAACAGGCUGGGGCCAAAUUUAGGCAAGGUAUAUUUUACUUAAAAAAACAAAUGGCAAUCCAGUUAAAGGUGAAAUAGGUGCUGAGAUCAGGCAGCGGUGUUAGUUCUGAGCACGAGACAUCUCUUGUUGUUUCUUGGUGCAUUUAUACCCAUUGACGUUCAUAUGUGGAGGAAAAAAAAAAAACAAAAGAGAAAAAAAAAAAAAACGCCCAUAUACACAACAGAGCAUUGUAACAAUGUUGUGACACUAACCAAAAUAUUGGGAAGCUGGCUUUUCAUUGUGUGCAUGAACCUGUAUUUGUACUGUAAUUCUGAUAAGAUACUAUGUGGUCGUUUUUCCGUUCUUCAUCUCUAGAAGUGUACAGUAUGGUCUGAGACAUACUCAGUGCAGCAAUCAAACAGGAACUGGGGCGGGCAAAUGCUUUACAUGAAAGUCCCCUCCCUGCAAACAUACCCCUGUAUAAAAAUGUAUGCUUCUUUGUAGGGACUUCAAUACAGAUUUUGUAUUUAAAGUAUUUAGAGUCACAAUGAAAUGGCAUUUCAAGAGCAUCUUGCUGCUAUAAUUUGGUAUAUAUGGGUGGGACACGUGGGAGAGAAUUAUUAAAAAGUGUACAUCAAUGGGAUAUCCUUAAAGGAGAAAAAAUUACUUCUAUUUGAUGGGAGCAGCAGGGUGUAUGGUCAAAUUGAUAAUAAUGUUGAUUGAUUGAUUGAUUUUUUUUUUUAAUGCACGCCAACUAUAAUGCCAUGAAAUAACCUCUAAAGAUUCUCAACUUUCCAGCCUUUUGAUAUCAAAAAAUACAGCAAAGUAAACAUUUUAUAAACUUGUUUGUAUUUGUUGUUAAAUUGGUAUAUAUUAUGUAAUGGAAAAUUAGCUAACAAGGGGAAAGUGUCGGUAUUUUAUUUCAUUGUGACUUCAAGGAGCCUGAAACAUACUUUAUCUGUACGGGAGUGUAGGUCUGGGAUCUGUGAGUGAUGAUACGCUCUGAUACAUCUCCUGGAUUCAGGCUCUAUCAAAGUCUGCAUUACAGCCUCUGGGAAGAUGCAUCCGUGUUUCAUACAGGGGUAUCAGCAUCGACUCCUCAAUAUGGGAUUAGUCUGCAUUCCCAGAAUCAAUUCACAACAAUUCCUGACUCUCUCUUCCAACCGAGAGCAGGGGUUUUUCACAGCAAAUAAUGCAAAGAAAGGUUGUAUAAUUUGUUGGUAUUUUUAAGAUGUGUCUUUAGUUUUUGAGUGUUACUGUUUUUUGUAUUUUUUGCAUUAUCAGUUAAGACUUUAUGAAAAAAGAAAAACUAAAUGCACAGAGGUGAUGUUAUUGUAAUGACUUGUGUAAAUUACUCUUCUCUUCCCUUUCCAUUGUUGUUGCCGACUAAUAAAUUAAAGCUCUAUAUUUUAUAAGAA